AUGAUCAUCAAUGCUAUAUGCAAGACCAUAAACAGGCAAGACUUGUUGCAAGAACUCGAAAAAGGUGGAGAAAACAUCCCUAAAUUAGCUAGUAAAGCGAUUUUUAAAAUGUACAAAAGCGCCGAUGAAGAACUCAUUGAGCAAUGUGCCAAGCUCUCGAAUGACUAUGCCUCGUCUACUAGCGUUACUGCCCUGUUUGUAGGUAAUUAUAUUGUUAUUUCCCACUUGGGAGAUAGCAGGGCGUCGAUAUGCUACAGCAACCGGGGUAAAAUGGUAGCAAAGUUUCUGACUGUUGACCACAAGCCAAAUAAUCCAGAAGAACGACAACGUAUUUUGGCCUCCGGUGGAACAGUAGAAUUUCUUUGCAACCACUCCAAUAAUCCCUUUAUAAGGGGCGGUGACUUCGCGGCCAGAAAGGCUAGGGGCGACCAACCCAUGCAGCUGCAGUAUUCUCGGGCCUUUGGCGGAAAGGACCUGAAGAUGUAUGGGCUGAGCAACGUUCCAGAAAUCUUUAUAUUUGAGCGCAAGGCUCAUCACAAAUGUCUGAUUUUGGCGUCGGAUGGUUUGUGGGACGUGAAGGAUAGUCACGAGGCAUUCAGCACGCUGUUCUAUGCGAGAGACAUGGGUGAGAAUCCAACGCAGUAUUUGAUCGAGUCUGUGAUCGCCGAUCAAAAGUCCAGAGCCAGGAACUCUGACAAUAUCACAGUUUUGGCAAUAUUCCUAGAUUAA